CGGGGCGGUGCCGAGGGGCAGUCACGGAUCGGAGCCCGUGGUGUCGGCAUGUCGGGCCAUCACUCCCGCAGCCUGGGCAAGGGUAGCGCGGCGCCGGGCCCUGUGCCCGCGGGGCUGAUCCGGCUCUACAGCAUGCGCUUCUGCCCCUACGCGCAGCGGACGCGCCUGGUUCUCCUCGCCAAGGGCGUCAGCCAUGAAGUAAUCAAUAUCAAUCUGAAGAACAAGCCUGACUGGUACUUUGAGAAGAACCCCUCUGGGCUGGUUCCUGUUCUGGAGACCAGCAAGGGCCAGCUGAUCUGGGAGUCCCCAAUCACCUGUGAGUACUUGGAUGAAGCGUUCCCAGGGAAGAAGCUGAUGCCCUCAGACCCGUAUGAGCGAGCCUGUCAGAAGAUGCUCUUGGAAGACUUCUCAAAGAUAACAUCCUUGGUUUUCAAGCAUGUUUUGGCAAUCAAAGAUGGACAGGACACCACUGCAGUGAAAGCAGAGAUUGCUGAAAAGUUUGGCAAACUUGAAGAGGUCCUGUCCAAACGCAACACGUUGUUUUAUGGUGGGGACUCAAUCUCAAUGAUUGACUACAUGAUCUGGCCAUGGUUUGAACGUCUGGAACCUUUCCAGCUGAAAGACUCUUUGAAUCACACCCCAAAGCUCCAGCGCUGGAUGGAGGCCAUGAAGGAGGACCCUGCUAUCAAGGCUACAAUAACUGACCCCCAGACAUUCAAAAAUUACCUCCAGCUGUAUCUGAAGAACAGCCCUGAGGCAUGUGAUUAUGGGCUCUGAGGUGCCAGUAGGAACAUGCUGGCUGAAGUGUUAAUGCUGUUUUUCAAUGUGGGAAGUCAGUGUAAUUUGGUGGAGGCUUGUUGGGGUUUAAGUCUCCUGUGGAAUUUUUUCCCCCCCUCCCAAGUUGCUAGGAGACUAAGUGGUGAGUGCUUAACGUGGACAAAAGAGCUGAUAACUUAGUUUUGGGGGAGGGAAAAAAGCUCCCGGAGAGAGCGGAGGGUGGGGGGAUCUCGCGGUUUUUUCUUUUCUUUUUUCUUCCGGGGGGAGCACGGAUCGGGCCACGGCUGGCUGGAGUCCACGGUUAACGAAGGAGUCUGGUCCUGGGAAUUCUACCAUCUGUUGGAGUAUCCAGGAAUUCGGAGUUUCUUCGCUGUCCUGCUGGAUUUUGGGUGAGACCGGGUCCCGCCGCUGCUUCUUCUCCGGCACUGCCACCUCUGCCUGCCGAGGACACCCCGUGCCUGCGGAGGACAGUCCACCGCGCCCGGCUUCCAGCCAUCAGCGCCGGAGCUUCCACCGUGUGCCCUCGGGGUUCUUGGUUCUGUUCUACUAUUGUUAUAAUUGCUGUUGGUUUUUUUUUGUCUGUCCUGUUAUAUUUACUAGUAAAGGACUGUUAUUCCUUUUCCCCAUA